AGCCAAAGGGGUUUAAGGGACUUCCGCUUCUUCGUUCAGUGCAAUCUCCAUUGUUUCACCAUCUCUUCUUUCAUAAAUCCAAGUUUGAGUUGAAAUGGCUUUCCGUGUUGGUGCAAAGCGGUCUCUUGAAACUGUCAUUUACAACAAUAGGAUCUUCAAGAGUAGUUGCAGCAGCAGUUCUGGGCACAAGUUUUCAACUUGGGCUUCCCAAUGGGGUUCUUUAGAGCAAGCCGCAGAAACCCAAAUCGCCGUUCUUGGUGAUAAGUCAUUUGGGUCUGUUAUUUUCUGCAGAAGAUUCGGUUCUGAAGCUUCAGCUGUUGAUCAAUUGGAUCUCAUAAAGCAGCUGAGGGAAAGGACAAGUGCUCCUAUCAAAGACGUCAAGGCUUCUCUCAUUGAUUGCAAUUGGGACAUUGAGGCUGCUCAGAAGGACUUGAGGAAAAGAGGGAAAGUAUUGGCAUCGAAGAAGUCGUCUCGUACUGCCGCAGAGGGAUUGCUUGCGCUAGCGCAGAAUGAGACCAAAGCUGCUCUCAUUGAACUCAACUGUGAGACUGACUUUGUAGCUAGAAAUGAAAUAUUUCAGUACUUGGCUUUAGCUUUGGCGAAGCGAGCUUUGCUAAUUAACAAUCCUUCUCAGCCAUCUUCUGAGGUCCUUCCUGUUGGACCUGAGCAUUUGGAGGAGCUUACGUUAAAUCUUGAACAUCAAAAACUGUCUGGCGAAACAACAAUUCAGAAUGCAAUUACUGAACUAGCUGCAAUUAUGGGUGAAAACGUUAAAUUAAGGAGGGGUUUUGUGAUAUCUGCAUCUCCAAAUGGUGUUUUGUCAACCUACCUCCAUACAAGUCCUCAACCAGGUUUGGGUCGGAUCGCUGGAGUUUUAUCUCUUGAAGUGGAGGAUGGAAAUCUUCAAUCAGAAGCUCUUCAGCAGACUGGAUCACAAUUGGCCAUGCAUGUAGUGGCAGCAAAGCCUCAAUUUCUGACAAAGGAACUUGUGUCUUCUGAUGCAUUAGAGAAUGAGCGAGAUAUUCUUAAGUCUCAGGCUGAAAGUUCUGGGAAGCCUCAGGUAGCCAUAGAAAAAAUGGUAGAAGGUCGCUUGCGCAAAUAUUAUGAGGAUGUUGUUCUUAUGGAGCAGAAGUUUAUUGUUAAUGACACAAUCAACGUCAAGACAUUAUUAGACAAUCUAUCGAAAGAAGUUGGAUCACCUGUUAAGAUUGGGAGCUUCUUCAGGAUGGAAGUUGGUGAAGGAAUUCAACGGCUAGAAACGCCCUGAAGCUGUUUAAUUUAUGAAGGCGCUUCAUAUACAACGCGUUGCAGUCAUUGUUAAUUGCAAAUUUUUAUUUUUUUUACGGGAAAAAAUAACUUAUUCCUUUCUGAAAGCACAUAAUAACAGAGAUCUGAUGGGACUAGUUUGGUCUUUGUUCUGUCCUGUACUGGCCAUCUGAUCCUGCAAGUAGAAACUUUAAUCAUGUACUAGAUUUGAUUUGAGCUAGUUUAAGGAUCAUAUAUAAAUUUGCUCAUGGAGAUUCUUGUA